CUUUGUUGUCCGCCUGUCUGCCUCUGUCCCUUUCUCUCAGGAAAUAUCAAGCUGAAAUUGGAGAUAUCAAGCUGAAAAUUUUAAUAUUUGACAAUGGACACUUACACGUGCGAUGCACUUAAAUAUCUUACCCAUUACCCAUCGAGUUUUACCUUCAAAAAUAUAUAUAAAUAAGAGAUUAUUAUGUAGACAUUCAUUUGAAUAAAAAUUUUCAAACAUAGCGCUCGCUAUGUUGUUUUUAUUACUAUGUUUAGCGGCAGUGCUGUGGUAUACAGUAUUUAGAUAUAAAAGAAGAAGAUUAUAUGAACUAGCCAAUUUGCUACCGAGCCCUGAAGGAAUGAAUAAUUUGCUAGGUAUAAUGCAACAUGCAUUUAAAGGAACAGAUGUUGCGUUCCAUUUUAUAAAGGAAUUCACCAAGUUUUGUGAGAAAAGCGGAGGCAUUAUCAAAUUUUGGGGAGGACCAAUAUUUUUCGCAGGUGUAAUGAGACCUAAUGACGUUGAUUUUAUAUUGAAGAAAUUCCCAGAAAAGGAAAGCCGGGAGAAGUUACUCAGAGAAUUUACUGGCAAUGCUGGGAUUUACGCACCUGUGCCAAUUUGGACGCGUCGGAGGAAGAUAAUGGUGCCGGCAUUUUCUCCGAAAAUAAUAAAUAGUUUCUUAGAUACAAUUGUCGCCCAAAGUGAAAAUCUUAAUGAGCGUUUGGCGAAAGACGAUCGUAUUGGUACUGGGCAGUUUAGCAUUUGGCCGUAUGUUACUGGUUUCACUUUGUCCACUAUUGCAGAAACGUCCCUAGGCGUGAAUCUGGACAUCCAGCGAAACCCAGACAUACCGUUCCUAAAUGCUAUUAACCGCACAUUAUUCUUAAUGACAAAACGGUUGUGGCCAGACUGGUUAUUUAGACUAACACCGUCAUACAGAGAGGCACAGGAAUGCAAGGAGAUUAUGAAUAGUUUGUCUAAUAAAAUAAUACAAAAGAGACGUGAAGUACUGAAGGAUUUUAAAGGUAGCAGUAACACCAAUUCUAUCUAUGGUCAAGGUGAACACCAAGUAAAGAGUUUCCUAGAUCACCUAAUUAUGCAGUCUAGAAUCAAUAAAAUGACUGAUACAGAAAUAAGAGAAGAAAUUUUGGUUUUAUUGAUAGCGGGAACUGAUACCUCUGCUGUAGCGAUAUGUAAUACUUUGAAGCUAUUAGCAAUGUAUCCCGAUGUACAGGCUAAAGUUUAUAAAGAGAUAAUAAGCAUCUUGAAGGAUGACCAUCCACUUGACAAAAAUAGUCUAAGAGAUCUCGACUAUUUACAAAGAGUUAUAAAGGAAUCUCUCCGACUAUUCCCUCCUGUACCAAUUAUUGGAAGAAAACUCGACACUGAAGUUAAAUUACCUUCUGGCGCCAUACUCCCUGAAGGAGCAGAAGUUAUAAUAUCUAUCUGGGGCAUUCAUCGAGAUGUAAACAACUGGGGAUCUACAGCAGAAUGCUUUGAUCCAGAUAGGUUCCAAUCAAAGGAAGAUGGCGGUCGCUUUAUACCAUUUGGUUCAGGGCCGAGAAAUUGCAUUGGAUAUCAAUAUGCAUUGACUGGUAUUAAAAUAGCACUUGCAACAAUACUUCGACACUACAGGGUUGUGGGUAAAGAAGCAAUUAGCCCCAUACCAACAAUGGAUUUGAAAUUUUCCAUUAUGCUGAGAGCAACAGAUGAUUAUCAGAUUUCUUUAGAACGGCGUUGAUGUUUAGCUAUAAGUUAUUUAAAUAAUAAAUGAUUUUUUAAUA